CUAAUUGAAGUAUAUGGCAGAUGUUAUUGUGUUUUGAGGCUUUUAUUUACAGUCAAAAUAAAUUUUCGGUUUUACUUGUGUUAGGGCUAUUUUAAAGAAGAAAUGGCAAUUUUUUUAAGAACUCAUAUUAUACGUUUCAUUUUGUUUGUAUAUGGACUAAGAACUGUACCUGGCAGUAUUGAUGUUGAUAAGGAUAAAACGCUAUCGGACCGUUUACAAGAAGCUUUUACUGAAAUGAGGACGUUUCAACAUACAAUAGAAGAUAGACUGAAUGAACUAACACACAAGAGAUGUCAGCAGUGCUUCAUAAAUAUACACGACCCUGAUUCAAGCAGAAAUCAAAAUUUGACUGAUCAACUGAAGGAAAGUAGAGAUGAAAACGCGACCGUAAAUGAAAAAAAUGGAAAACAGUCGGAGGUCAGAUCGCAAGAUUUUAACGACUUCUUGCAGCGUCUUGGUAAAUUAGAACAGUCUAUCUUAGAGAAAGUUGACGCCAGACUUGUAUCACAACCUUCGAUAUUGAUAAAAGCUGUAAAAGGGGAACCCGGACAAGACGGACUCCCUGGAGAGCAAGGGCCACGGGGAAUGCCUGGUUUUCCAGGACUUAGA